AUUGGGCUUUUGUGUGUUUCUGUAUUCGAAAAGCCUGGCAACUUCUGAGGAACUCUGCCCAUCUUAACGUCAAAGGCCAUCCUAUUUGGUUUCACCAAAUGCGCAUCAUUGAUCCCCAGGAUUGGCAAGAGUUGGAGAAGGCUAGUUUCCAUAAGCCUUGAAUAGGGGCCACACAUUGUUAGGUGGGGGUUUAGUUUGGGAUUGGUCCGCGGAUGCCAGGGAGGAGACUUUGGCGGUGGAUCGUGGCACACACCAUUUAUCGGAACGCAAAGGUAGAGAAAAGAUUGCGUGAAGCAAAGCUUGCGGUCGGACCUACCUAGUCUCCGACCCUUCCUGCUGUGUUCACCAUCCCAGCAUCCCCUGCCCCCUCGACCCGAAGUGAUGGGUGGUUCCGUCAGGCGCUUCCCGUACCUCCCCGUUCCCUGAGUGCAAAGUGGUUGUGCCCUAAGGUCCGCCCCCAGGCCACGUGGGCGCUGCGGGCCACGCUUUCCGCUCCUUGGGGAGAGGUUUCCGCUGUAGGAGCGGAGCUUCCGGGCGGCCGCGGAGCCGGUCCUUCACUGCCUGGUUUCCGCUCAGUGGUCGCGUCUCCGCCCCCUACCCCCCAGGUCCGCUGCGUUCUCAGCCCGGCCCUAGGCGCCAUGGCUUCCCGCGGGAGGAAGCGGAAGGCUGAGGCCGCGGUGGUCGCCACGACCGAGAAGCGAGAGAAGCUGGCGAACGGCGGGGAAGGAGUGGAGGAGGCGACCAUUGUUAUUGAGCAUUGCACUAGCUGACGCGUUUAUGGGCGAAACGCCGCGGCCCUGAGCCAGGCGCUGCGCCUGGAGGCCCCAGAACUUCCAGUAAAGGUGAACCCAGCCAAGCCCCGGAGGGGCAGCUUCGAGGUGACGCUGCUGCGCCCGGACGGCAGCAGUGCGGAGCUCUGGACUGGGAUUAAGAAGGGGCCCCCGCGCAAACUCAAAUUCCCUGAGCCUCAAGAGGUGGUGGAAGAGUUGAAGAAGUACCUGUCGUAGUGAGAUUUGGGUAGAAGUCCUCAUGCUGAGCUUUGUGUCCCUGGUGAUGUUGGAACAUUAAUGAUGGAACAUGGCCAAACGUCAGUCAUGUGCCUGAAGCCAUGGUUUCUUCCCCGCCAGAAAUGAAGGUUCAGUUGUGAGACAACCCUCUAGUAAGGCAUUGCUAAAGUUACUGGAUUUGAUUGAAUAAAAGUUGAAAUAAAGUAUUUGAGU